AUGGAGGCGAACCGGGAGUCUGCGGCGCAGGCGCUGGCGGCGGCCGUGACUGCCGAGCGGAGCGGUGACACGGCAUCGGCCGAGCGCCUCGCCGCCAAGUCGCAGCGGCUCUUCCCCACGAGCGACGCGAAGGCCUUCCUGGAGCGCCUGGCCGGCGGCUCGGCACCCGCGGCGGCUCCGCAGGGAGCGUCGGCGGCGCCGGCGGCGGCGGCGGCACCCGCGGCGGCGGCGGACGGUGCACAGGGCCGCCCCAACGGCUGCGCCGGCGCGGCGGCGAGCAGCGCUGCGGCGCCUCCGCCGAGCGAGGCCCUCGCGCAGGUGCAGCGCUCGAACAGCCACUACGAGAUGCUCGGUGUCGCAACCUCCGCCGACGAGGUCACCAUCCGGAAAGCGUACCGCAAGCUGGCAGUCAAGCUGCACCCGGACAAGACGUCUGAGGCCGGCGCCACAGACGCCUUCAACCAGAUCAACGCCGCCCUCGAGACGCUAACCAACCCGGAGCAGCGGCGGCUGUACGACCUGCGGCUCACGCAGGCGAUGUGCGCCGGCUUUGCGGGCCCGCAGGUCGCGCCCAAGGGCGCAGGGAACUACUGGAGCGCCGUGCCGCCCUUCCCCGCCUCGUGGGGGCAGUCGAGAGGAAAGCCAAAGGCCGCCGCGUCGGCGGCGGAGCUGGCGCAAGCUGCCCGCCUUGCCGCGGCGGCCGCCGCCAGAUCCGCCGCGUCGGCCGCGGCGUCGGCCGCGGCGGCCGCCAAGCGCGGCGCCGCAGGGAGCGGCGCCGGCCCGUCCGCCCCGCAGCCGCCGCCGCCGUACGUCCCGCCGCCGCAGGUUGCCGCUCCGCCGCCGGCGCCGUACCGGGUCCA